AUUUGAUUCCACAUGAGUUGCCAUGCCAUUACUGGAUUCAGAUGACCGUGUGUUAUUUGAUCAAAGCUCCAAAGAGAACUCUGAGGAUGAUUGUGGGUCCUUCAUGCCACAUAAUUCGUUCACAUUGGGAGAAUUUUUUGGAUUUUUGGAUAGACAUUUGACUUGAUCAAUUUGUGCAGAAGAUUCCAUCGAAAAUAUGGGUGGUGAAUGGAUCUUCAGUUUUAAAGACCACGAGACAGAAUCAAAUGGCGCAUCAGCAACCAACAUCCAACCUUUCAACGUCCAAGCGUAUCAAGAGGAGCUGGUGGAAUUAAGAAAAACUUAUGAGAAUCAACUUAAUCCAAAAUAUGUCACUUGGUGUAAAAAUGUACCCCCUGAGGACAACAUAUUUAUUAAAUUUCAGUUUACAUGUAAUAGACAUUCACAUUGGAAUGAACCAGAACACCCAUGGUUCGCAUUUUACUGGACACCGACUGGUGGGGUGCACGGUAGUGUGCAUGACCGUUGUGGAAUAGAUUUUUCCACAAAUCAAAAACUCUUUGAGAUGCAAAAACACAUUGCAGAAAAAUUCUCUGAGCAUUUUCAUUUGUACAGGGAUUUUACAGACUCGAGAGAGUAUGAUAGUGAUAAAGGAGGAUGUAUCGACUAUGACGAUUAUUAUAGUGACGACCAGGAAUCCCUUCAAGAUUUCACAGCAUGUGACAAAGAUGACUGCGGUUACUGCGGGCACUGUUUCUAUUAACUACUGAAAUUUAAUUCAUCCGAAAAAAUGCCUUUGAAAUUUAAUGAAAAUCUAUUAGUUCAUUAUGCCACAAGUUAAGAAAUACUUCUAAUCUCUGUUUUUUUUCUUAAAUAAAAUAGAAAAUUGUAUCAUAAUAUAAGUACGUUCACUGAAUAUUUCCAGUUUUCAACAAUCAAUACCCUAAGUCAUUAAUUGAAAUUCUACUUGUAUUUAUAAUUACAUAAUUUUGAAUUAACAAUAUUGAUAUGAUUAAAAAUUAAUUUUCCUAUGUGA